AUCAAACGGCCGUCAUGCCUUGACCCGGGCUGGGCCGAGCAAAAUUCCUUCGACAGUCGAAGAGCAGACCGUGGACAUGGGACACCUCACCGCGAUUCGACAAAAUUAGGCCCUGCCGAAAUUCGCGAGGCACGGCAGGGCCCGCUCCUUCCCAAAUGAAAUCAUCAUGAAGUGGUUCAACGGCAACAUGCUCCAGGCCAUCGCCGAGGCGCACAGCCGACGCGCCCUGCUCCUGGUGUUCGUCGAGGGCGACGACAUGGCCUCGCGUAACAUGCGCUCCACCUUCGAGGACGCCGAGGUGAACAAGCUCAUCGAGGUCAUGGGCUGCGUUCCCAUACGGCUCCGGGUGAACAGCAGCGCCUGCCGCCAGUUCGCCCUCGUGUACCCGGUGACCGCCAUUCCGUCCACGUUCUUCAUCAGCUCGCGCGGCAACCUCGAGGCCUCCAUCGUGGGCUUCACCGACCCGGUGUCGUUCAGCGACCGACUCGCGAAGCUCAUGGCCUCGUGCACCCUCAGGAAGGUCGAUUCGGACAUGCGCAACGCGAGCGAAACGAGCGUGUCCGCGGACCGCAUGGCGCGCGCGAACCGCCAGUCGUCGUCGGCGCGCCCUCCAGACGCAGCCCUGGCGGCCGAAGGCGUCGCCGGAAGACGCAGCAGGGACGGAGAGCGACGCACCAAGAAGAAACACAGGCGACAAGAGGCCAACGUGCAGACCAGCAUCGUGGUGCUCGCCGAACAGUCCACGCAGAUCAACAUGGACGACAAGCGGUCGUACAACAGCCUGCUCCAGAAGCUGGCAGCGAUGGAAGAGGCCACGUUAGUUCCGCCCGCCACAGUCGCCACGGCCCAGAUACACGGCGACCUGGCUGGAGAUCUGGUGUCGCUGAUGGGAGACACCAAUGAAAAGAAAGACCCGGGAAUAACCCCGGAAGAACUCAAUGGGAAUCCGCUCGCCCGAAUCGCGGGGGCAGCGACGGGUGGCGAGUCCGUCGACGUUGAGAAGAAACACAAGCCUGCCGCUUCGAACCAUGACAAAAGGGAGAUGGCCGGUGUCGCUGAGAAGGCCAAAAGGAGUUCGAACGAGCAGCCACGCCGGGGAUCGCGCAAGAAAUCUCGCAAGGGGAAGGAUGAGAUUACUGCAACCAUGCCACCACAGCCGCCGCCUCCUCCACCACCGUCGCCAGGAGCAGAAGCCGUUCGCGCGACUGAGGUCGAGCACCCGACCACCGUCGCCGCCAGUGAUGCUCUGCUCGUAAGUUUGGACGACAUCGAUUCGCUGUUGUGCGACGCCGCGGACGGCCCUGCAUUGCUAACUAAAUUCGCCGUGCUCGCGCAGGAGUUUGCCGACAAGGUCUUGGGUAGUUCGCAGUACGAGCAGACCGACUGGAAGUCUUUGGAAGCGUCGGCCGCCGAGACAACCACGAUAUCUGUGGACGUGCGGAGGCUCGCAGAGCCUGCUCAGAAGCAGAAGUCCAAGAAGGAACAGCGGGCCACCAAAUCAAAGGCGUCACCUCUGGCCAAGAACGUCGCGGUUCACGCGAAGGGGGAAAGGCAGAGGCAACAUGCGGACGCGUACAAGGGAUCGCGCCAGUUGGAGAACAUGCCGGGAAACCUGGGCGACGCUGCCGGAGCCAUCGCGGCUUUGGAAGAGGCCGCGUUCGAACAGGCCGGGGACAAGGACACUCGGGCGAAAAAGCGAAGGGCUUCUUCAGGCGCACGUUCCCAGAAGCAGCCGCGUAAUUCAGACGCGCAACGGUCCGGCAGCCCAGAUCAGCAAGCCAAGCAGGGCUCCGAGAAACGCAAGAAGCGUCGCGAAUCGCCAACGAAAGACAACGCGGGAGACUCGAACAAAGUCGCGGCGACGUUGAAGAAGGUGGCUGCAAAGGCAGCUGCAGUGCCCGGCUCCACGACUAGAAAGCAGGACGCCGGCCUCGGCCAACUCGCCGAGGAGAUCGAGCACUUCGAAUCAGCCGCUUCCAGGGCCUCUCAGGACGCGAAGGCCACCCUGGCUGAGAAGAAAGGGAAGAGGUCUAAGAGCGCUUCGCCGCCCAAGCCGCCAGCAAACGACACCUCGACGAAAUCUACCGAGCACGGGUCGCCGCGAACGUACGUUCAAAUGCCGUCCCCGCCGCCAAUACCGACGGCGUCACAGGAACAGACCGUCUCUGUCGUUCGCAUGCGACCGGGAAUCGACACCAUCACCGAGGAAGAAAUCGGCGCCAUCGACUCUUGCCUCACUUCUCCGCAGCCCACCCCACCGCCACCGCAAUCGCCUCUUCCUGCAGGUGCUCGGACUCGACCGAAAAUCCAGAAAACCACGCGAGAGGCGCUCCACAAAUCCUCUGGGAAGAAGCCCGCGUGCGAGGCGGCUACUACGCCGCUUUCGCUACCGCAGGCAGCGCCGCCGCAGCAGCAGACAACGCGCGCCACAGUGGCUCAGAAUCGCAAUCCUCCUCAGUCGCGGAAGAGCGCGCGGAGGCCUUCGAGUCCCACAAAAAGCAAGGAGUUCCUCACGGCCAGCAACUCCCAGCUGGAAGAGGCGCUCGUCUUCGGUCCCACGCACCGCACCAGCGAUGACAGCGCUGCCGCGACGACGAAGAGGGCGCCACCGUCGUGUUUGCGACCGAGAGGACAGAGGGCGAUGGCGGCCAGGAGCCCGCUCUACGAGCGCCUUGUGAAAAGCGACGGUGACGACGAGACCGUGGACGAAGAACUGACGGCUCGCAGGACUCCCUCGGCCACCGCGUUCAGAGGCGAGGCUGACUGGAUGGACGAGAUGGCUCGCACGGCGUCCAGACGUACCCUUCUUUACCGGGCGGGGGUUUUCGAGGAGUCGCUGAACAACCUGUGUCGCACGCUGAACGACGUGGAAGUUCCCACCGUCUCUCUUAGCAUGGGCGCUCAGUCGCGCACCAACAUUGCCAAGGUACAAGCAGCAGCAGCUCAGGAACGCGGAUCACCGGUAGCGACAACGCCGGCAGCGCCCCCUGCGUCGUCGCCGAGCAGGCAGCACGGCCACGUCACCAUCAACGACAAGAAGGCAGACGGCGUCGACGAUGGAAAGGCGAGUGCCGCCCAGGCCACUGCGAGCACCAAAGCCACGCACCGUGUCUCGCUGUCGGGUACAAACGUCCGCAACCGGGCCCGAAGCCGUCGGUCGCCGAGCCGCCCUGGAGGCAGCGGCGGCAGUCGGUCCCCGAGCGCCGAAUUGUCGCAGGCCCCCGGAGGCGGCAACGCUCGCAAGUCGGCGAGCUUCACGCCAACGGUAGUUAGCGGCCGCGCCGGUGGGGGCGCUGACGAUGCGAACAUCGUUUUCAACCUGCCGAACGGCAGCUCGGUGCAGAAGUCGUUCCCGGCGUCCGCGUACCUGGACGAAGUGCGCUGGUACACCGAAGAGCUGCUGGCCAGUACCCUUCCCUCCUGCUUCCCGUUCACCAUGGCGCGCACCAACCCGCUGCGCGAGUUCUCGCGCGAAGACUACCGCAAGACGCUCGAGCAGCUGCGCCUGGCGCCGUCGGCGACGCUCCUUGUAUUACCCAGAUCUGCGGCGCAGGGCGAGAGCGGGGCGCCAGCUCUGCUCCCUAGCGGUGUUAACGGUGAGCCAGUGUGGGUCGCCAUCUCCCGGCGGGUGUUCGGCAUGUUGGUGACCGCGCCGUUGUCGCUCGUCUGGAAGCUGCUGAACUGCCCCACCAACCGGGCGGCGCGCGAAGCUCUCCUGUCGAGCAGUCUGGGCAGCUCGACCCUGCCGACUUUGGCGCCGUCUGUCGCCGCGGCCGUCGCGACACCUGCGCGCAGCGUCAGCAGCGGCAGACUGUGUCGCCGCGGGGCCUCCAGCCACACCGAAAACUUUGACGUCUUCCGAACUCUUUACGAAUCGUAACGCUGUCGUGAAGGUAGAUUUUGAGCGACGAUCGAUCGACGGAAGGCGUAUCUCCCGACAGCCUAAACAUUCAACGGAGUUUAAGAGCCUAUGGUCUCUUGGGGAAUGAAUAGAAAAUAGCGUGUAAAGACGGAAAAUUUAUCCUAUAUUGUCUAUUCGAUAAAACUCAUUUUGCAAGUGUA